CUUGUUCCCUGUACUUGUCAUUCAGCUAUCUCAGGAAUUCAACAGCAAACGCUAUCAGCUAGUUCGCCACAAUAAGGACAUUUUGUUCAAACCUUCUUACUAGUUGACGAUACCAAAUCGAUCAACAAUAAAACUUUAUCUGGGAAAGGCGCCGUUACUUACACUGAUGCUCUGAAUGCCUCAUCACGGACGGUGCACUCAUGUCAGCGUUAUGCAAAUGUGAGCUCGGUCUUUAACAAGACCCCCACCCCGCCCCCUUAGAACUUUGGCUGCAUUGGUGUCAGCUCCUCUUCAGCUCCCUCGUCGUCUUCGUACAUGCUCUUACAUGAAGAGAGGAGAGAAACCAGAGGGCUACAGGCAGAUGCGACCCAAAACAUUCCCUGCCAGCAACUACAGUGGCAACAGCCAACAUAUGCUGCAAGAAAUCCGGAAUAGCUUGCGAAACCUGUCGAAGCCCUCCGACCCACCCAAAGUGGACUUUAGCGGUAAAAUGCUUCCAGAGGACCUAAGGCAACAGGGGCGCUCGUUCAACCCCAAGAACCCGCACCAUAAGGCCUUGAGGGAGAUCCGUGAGUCCCUGAUGCCUUUUGCCAAUGAGACCAGCACUUCAGCAGAGCUCAACAAACACAUGGCGAUGGAGCCUCCAUUUGCUGGCUUUGAAGAGACCCCUGGUCACAGUGUGGUGACAGCAGCUGACUACUUGGCAAAGGUGACCUACCAGGACUCAAUGAGGGAACAGAUGGUUUCCACCAACCCAAACACCGCAUGCCUGAAAGCCCCAGGCGCUCCUCACAUUCAGCAGUCACUACUGAGGAGGCCGAGCUGGAAAGGCUCGAAAGAAUCCCUCGCUCCUCGCCAUGCCAUGAUGUACCGCUCAGACAGUCCCGGCCCCCCUCCUGCCUUCCCGCAGGGACACCCCGGUAGCAGCCAGAGAGUCAAUCCUCCCCUGCCGCCUCAGGUGCGCAGCGUCACGCCUCCUCCCAACCGCGGGCCGAUGCCUUCGGCGUCUUCCUGGGACAGCAACCCGUCGACCAAGCGCUACUCCGGCAACAUGGAUUAUCUAGUGCCUCGCAUCUCCCCGGUGCCUCAGGGGGCCUGGGCUGACGGCUAUCCGACCGCAUCGCCUCAGAACCAGCGUGGGAUCAGCCCAGUGCCUAUGGGCCACCAGCCCAUCAUCAUGCAAAGCUCGGGGGGAAAUAAGUUUACCUUCCCGUCAGGUUGGUCUCAGAAUGGCUCAGGUCAGGCAGACUACAUGGCAGGAGGCAGCAGGCAACCGCCUCCCCCCUACCCGCUCAACCAGAGCAGCCGGCAGAGUCCCACUGACCAGCAGAUGCAGGCCGGUGGGCCCGCUUCUUCGCCGUCGUACGUCAACGGCGGGAACCUCCCUCAAUCCCUGAUGGUUCCCAAUCGGAACAGCCACAACCUUGAUAUGUACAACAUGGGGCCUCCCCAUUCCUGGUCUCAAAGCCUCCUCGCCCCCAACCAGCCGUCUUCGUCGGGCAGUAGCGGCAACCAGGAUCUGUCGCCGUCAUGGCAGCACAACAUGCUAGCGCGCUCCAAUUCCUUCAACAGCAGAGCAGCCCAUCCGGCCAGCUCGCAGCCGUCCGCCACCACCGUCACCGCCAUCACGCAAGCUCCCAUCCUGCAGCCCGUCAAAAGCAUGCGGGUCCAGAAACCCGAACUGCACACGGCCGUCGCCCCCACGCACCCGCCGUGGAUGCAGCAAGCAGCUCCCGCCGCCCCCGCUUACCCGGAGCCCUCGGUCCCCGUUCCUCAGAUCGCCGUCGUAGCGGAGGUGCCCAGCUACCAGGGCCCCCCUCCGCCUUACCCCAAGCACCUCCUCCAACAGCAAGCUGCACCGUCACCCCCGGCGUACGACCAAGGGGCAGGGAAGCACGGCACCAGCAGAGAGGAGCCGGCCGAAGACGAGAGCGCUUUGGGGGAGAAAGCAGCCGAAAGUUCCGAGAGCAACGCGGUGACAGAAAAGGAGAAGAAGCAGAUCACCACGUCGCCCGUCCCCGUGCGUCGCAACAAGAAGGACGAGGAGCGCAGGGGGGAGUCGGGUCGUGUGGCUUUGUACUCCCCGCAGGCCUUUAAGUUCUUUAUGGAGCAGCAUGUGGAGAACAUCCUGAAGAACCAUCAGCAGCGUAUCCGGAGGAGGAAGCAGCUGGAGAGUGAGAUGCAGAGGGUGGGCUUGUCGUCGGACGCCCAGGAGCAGAUGCGUAUGAUGCUCUGCCAGAAGGAAUCAAACUACAUUCGGCUCAAGCGGGCCAAGAUGGACAAGUGCAUGUUCAAACGAAUCAAGACCCUGGGCAUCGGGGCCUUCGGCGAGGUAUGCUUGGCUAGGAAAGAGGACACGGGAGCGCUGUACGCCAUGAAGACCCUUCGCAAGAAGGACGUGCUGCUCAGGAACCAGGUGGCCCACGUGAAGGCCGAGAGGGACAUCCUGGCCGAGGCCGACAACGAGUGGGUGGUGCGUCUCUACUAUUCUUUCCAGGACCGGGACAACCUGUACUUUGUCAUGGAGUACAUCCCCGGCGGGGACAUGAUGAGCCUUCUCAUCCGGCUCGGCAUCUUCAAGGAGGAGCUGGCUCAGUUCUAUAUCGCCGAGCUCACCUGCGCCGUGGAGAGCGUCCACAAAAUGGGCUUCAUCCACCGCGACAUUAAGCCGGACAACAUUCUCAUCGACCGAGACGGACACAUAAAGCUCACCGACUUUGGCCUGUGCACUGGAUUCCGCUGGACUCAUGACUCCAAGUAUUACCAGAGUGGAGACCAUGUCAGGCAGGACAGCAUGGACUUCAGUAAGGAAUGGGAGGACCCGGCCAACUGCCGCUGCACGGACCGCCUGAAGCCUCUCGAGCGGAGAAAAGCCCGACAGCACCAGCGCUGCUUGGCUCACUCGCUAGUGGGGACGCCCAACUACAUUGCACCUGAAGUCCUGCUCAGAACAGGAUACACCCAGCUGUGUGAUUGGUGGAGCGUGGGCGUCAUUUUGUACGAGAUGGUCGUCGGGCAGCCUCCCUUUUUAGCGACCACGCCUCUGGAGACGCAGCUAAAGGUGAUUAGCUGGAAGAGUACCCUCCACAUCCCCCCGCCUGCCAAACUCAGUCCGGAGGCGUCGGACCUCAUCGUGAAGCUGUGCCGCAGCCCCGAGGAUCGCCUCGGCAGGAACGGCGCCGACGAAAUCAAAGCCCACCCUUUCUUCAAGACCAUCGACUUCUCCAACGACUUGCGGGAGCAAGCGGCGCCCUACGUCCCCACCAUCGCCCACUCCACGGACACGUCCAACUUUGACCCCGUGGACCCCGAGAAGCUGUGGAGCGGCGACAGCGAUGGCGAGGAUGACCUCGGCGACACGGGCUGCUGGUUCCGCAACGGCAAGCACCCCGAGCACGCCUUCUACGAAUUCACCUUCCGCCGCUUCUUUGACGACAACGGCCACCCGUACAGCUGCCCCAAGCCCAUUGCGUACGAGGGCCUCAACGAGGACGAGGCGGAUUCCGAGGGACCCGAGCCCGAGGUGCCAGCUCAGGUCAGAGAUCUCGUCUACGUGUAGCAAUCUGGAGAUUUGCUUUCUGACUGGUACCGUGGUAGGACAGUGUGCGUGUAAUAGGAACUGCUCACGUUUUUUUUUUUUUUAGAGUAGUCUUAAUUCGGAAGAUGAGCAAAAGCUUUUUAAAAUGGAUUCAUACUGGUCAUCCAGUUGAGUCAGUCAUCAGCUAGUUGCUGUACACGCAUAUGACCUAAUUUGGCAUAAACUUCCCUCAAGCUCUUCUUUUUCAUUGACUUCUCAACUGCUUAAUUUAUUGACAAAAUCCCAACUGACACGGUUCACUUUUAGCGUGGGUACUUUGAUUAAAUCUUUAUUAAUUUAUAUUUUGACUGGCUGUCGCUACCGGGACCUUAGCGACGUACGUGACUGGUGGAUGAUUAAAGUAUUGAUUGCUACAUUUAUUCACUGCGGUGCCUUUUUCUUUCCCCCCACCAAAUAUAGUUAAUUCUCAGACUGGCAUUAAAUGUGUAUGUAGAAGUAGACCAUUGAUUGAACUACAGUAGCUUUUUGUUUUAUUUUUCUAAUUUAUACCCAUAUUUAUAAAUGAAGUUGUACACAGUUGAUGUAAAUAUUUCUUUACCCUGUCACUUAUUUUUUGUCCCCCUAAGGGCAGGCCCUCUUCAAUGUCCACUACUGCUGGCUUUUACUUAUUAGUAUUGAUAAUUCUACUUUAUUCUCAUCUCAUCCAAAGCACUAAAUACAAGCGUUUAGUCAUUAGACACGUAGAAAACACUUUUUUUUUUUAACUCUGAAUGUAGUUUUUUUUUUCUCGACUUAAUGGAGACCAUUGGCCUUCUGCACUGGUUUUGUGUAGUCACACAAGAUUGAUAAUUGUAUAUUUGUGUGUAUACACUGUUGCUCUUGAGAGGUUACAUGUAUGGGAAGAGGGUGAUCAAUAAAGAAUGUUGAGAAUGAAACUUAACACAUGCAAAAACA